AUGGAAUCCAUGCUCAAAAACGAUAUUGCCGAAGGAAACAAAACAAUCCUGAAUCUUUCAAAGCUCCUCUCGAUCCCAUAUAGAUCCAAGAUAAUAUCCCAGAUAAUAUUCCAGCAGACAUAUCCAAAGCUCUUCAGGAAGGAGAGCUACAACAUAGUUGUUCUUGUCUGUGUUUACUUGGCAUCCAAAAUCAACGAAACGUUAAUAAAGCUGGAAGCCAUUCUUGAGGCAAUGCCCAGAGCCACACAUGCGGGCACAAUUCCCCCCAGGGAGCGUCUUAUAGCCAUUGAGUGCAAGGUGAUCGAGCUUAUCGAGUUCCAGUUCAACAUUAGGCCUGCUCAAUUCUUCCUUUUGAGGAUUGGGAAGACACUGAAUGUAGAUGUCUUAAAGAAGCUUGUUGUUUUGGACGAGGUGCAUGGAGAUGGAAGAGUAAAUCUCAUCAAAUACUUCAAUGGGGUGUAUGAGCCGGAAAUGGUUGCAUUGAGUGUUCUAGACGAUGAGGAACUUAGUCUCUUUGAAUGCUUUUUUGGAGUGAGGGUGAACAGGGCGUUGGUUGAGGAAAUAAAGUCGGUCGUAUUAAAGAAAUGA